AAUGGAAAAUGUGGAAGCUGUAGGUGAUUGUACACAAUGUAUCCAACUGUAUAUAGCGCUAUACCUGCAUGUACAUCAUACCUUAUCUUCAAUAUUACUGGAUAGAAAGGAUUAUAUGUACAUGUAAGUUCCUACGAUUCAGGCCCAUCCAUCGUUGUUUAGUCGAAAGCUACUAAAAUAGAGUAGUUAACUUUGUUAGUGGCAUCCACAAGAGAGAGGGCUUUUUUUUUCUGCUAUGAUUUUGAAUUUGAUGCUGCAGCGAGUGCAGGUGCGCGCGCCUUGGUCUGGCAGCUCCACCUUGGCAACUGAUGGGGGGAGAUUUGGCGGCCAUGGCUCCGUUGGAGACUCCUCUCUCUCCUCCACCCAAGGGCCCCAACCUAGUCCCAUUCCACCUUUUUCCCACUCACACACAUCCACACUACACGCAAACCCGAACCAGCACUAUCGUUGUCUGCUUUUGUGUUUCUUGCUUGCUGUUUUAAUUCUCCUUCUAUCUCGCUCUCUGACUCUCUCCACCCUCACACUCUUUUUCCCUUCUCUUCCUCUCUUCUCUCCAACCCUAAUUAACGUCGCGAGCCCAAUCCUUCUUCUUCUCGUCUGCUACGCGAAUUUGUUGGUUGCGUGCGUUUUGCAAAAAGAAAAAAAUAAAAGCGUUUUCCUGUGUGCGCGCGGCCUCCUCGGUAUCCCCUCUUCCCCCAUCAUCAUACUCGCUUCAUCUAUCGCAUCGUCACAACGGUUCAGUGCGGGUUUUAUUUCCCAAUUGUCACGGUUCCCCUCAAUUCUUGUCGCGGCGCAGGUUGAGCUCUAGGAGUCUAAAAGGAUCUAACCUGUCAUUUUUUUAACGAGAAAAGACGUUCCUCGGUGCCCUCGGAUCUUGCUGGAGUUUGCGAAGGCGCUACAUAUUUGCUGCUUUACUCGGAACUAAAAGUGUCAUUCGGUGUCUAAAAGUAAGUGCACAUCCUUUUCCUUUAAUUAUUACUCUUGCCCAAUGGUACUCUUUGGCAUUCGAACUCCCUCCGAGUCCCUGGAAAUUUCGCGAGU